AUGCGUCCACCACGCAUCGCUGUGCUCGUCUUCCUCCUAGCCUCGUCCUUCUUCCUCAUUGGUCGCGCGUUGACCUACAACAAGCCAUACAGACCGAGCCAUGCUGCCGCAGGGAACCUCGAGUCCGAACAAAAGUCGUCGCUAUGGGGUUUCAUGUACUACAACACACCGUUCUCAUUAUUUCCGCCAAAUGCCGCCAUCAGCUUGACCGAUGACAAUAGUACCUCCUUCGCAGCUCGGCCCGCAGCGUUUGGGCCCAAACUGGUGCCCAAGGGUCUUAGCGGGCAACUCUGGGUUGGCGGCGGUUUUGCGGACGACGAACUUGAGGCGAAUGGAGAGUUCGGCUGCAGCGAUCUGCCCACUCGGGGUGCGGCAGGUAUCAUGAGGAACGCAAAGACACUGCGCGCUGUGACAGUCCCCCGUGUCGCUUCCUCGAGCCGAGUGACGAGCCGUCAAGAGAAGAGCAGCGGUAUAUCUAUGCUUCUGGAUCACGACAACCGCGCCGCCAUCGCUCAUGCGAGACCCAACCUCGAAUCAAAGGCUCACGACGGUAGCCACGAUAAUUUGCACGAAGGACUCACGGAGGUGCCAUCUCACCAAACGUCGGGACGUGCCGAGAUUGAAAACCUCCCAGAGCCCGCUGACAUUGAGGGUAAGAUAGUUUUACUCAUGCGAGGCGGCUGCGGGUUUUUGGAAAAGGUCAUGUGGGCCCAGCGUCGGGGCGCCGUGGCUGUCAUUGUUGGCGACAACACGAAAGGCGGACCGUUGAUUCAGAUGUUUGCGCAUGGCGAAGAUGUGGACAAUGUCACCAUUCCGUCCGUCUUCACAGCACGGACGACCGCUCAGCUGCUGUCUUCACUGACGCAGUCGGGCAAUUUUGUGAAAGAUACCCUAGACGAUAACGGCGAUUUCGUCUUCAAAGUCCAGCACAAAGCGGAGCCGGGUGACAAGAGCGAGUUUGGCGAUGCAUUCCAGGACAAAGUAGAUGCUAUGUCUAGACGUGUGUCUACCCCUCGGAAGCGUGGUGUCUCGAGCUCGGUACCGGGUUCAGACCAGCCAGACCGGAGCUGGCUCUCGCGGGUGCUGCUCUGGCGUCAAUCUCCGUCGUCGUCCCGCCGUCAUGCGGCAGGUUGGGAGCUGGUGGGAGAUUGGAGCGAUGAGAAGGACAGGGCCAUCCACGAAUCCAUGGGCAAAGGGGAGACGAAAGACUCAACGACGCCGGAUCGUGGGGUGGGACCCAAGACUUCUCCGUCACAUACGCGAAGAGGCAACCUCCCGACGUCUGACAGCCAUGGCUCAAAGUCCCAUGCAGGUCUUUGGGUGACCAUCACCCCAACAAACAGCGCAAGCCCCUUCUUUGACACACUCCUCGUUUUGGUUGUCAGUCCACUGGUCACGCUGACCGUGGUAUAUGCUCUACUCAUCAUUCGAGCCAAGAUCCGCAGGAGGAGAUGGAGGGCUCCAAAGUCCGUGGUCGAGCAGCUUCCAGUCCGAACGUAUCACACCGUAGCUGGUUCUACAGCUCCUGCGACGCGGCAGCCUUCACCAGCGAGCAGCUCCCCCGCAACACCGCUUCUACAGUCGUCUCUACUAUCUCGACAACGGUCUAGGGCGAAUACUGGCACUUUGGAGGGUAACGAUCCUGCGCAGCCUACAUUAGCCAUACCCACCGAACCGCCAUCUGAGAUCACUCAAUCCCAUGGGCGUAUGGAAGGAGCCGGCGGGUUUUCAGCAGAAUGGAAGAAGUACAUGGGCCGACAGGUUGAGUGCGUGGUGUGUCUUGAGGAGUACGUCGACGGCGUGAGUCGGGUAAUGAGUUUGCCUUGCGGUCACGAAUUCCACGCAGACUGCAUUACUCCGUGGCUCACCACUCGUCGCCGCACUUGUCCAAUUUGCAAGGGGGAUGUCGUCCGCUCACUAGCCCGCGGAUCACCUUCGAACCCGCAUUACGAAGCCUACCGAGACGACAGCGAGGAUGAAGACAAUGCUGAGGCAUCUGGCACUCGACCAGUAGACCAAACGCCCGACCUCGAACAAGGCAUUCUGGCCGGGCCGAGCGACAGCCGACAGGAGGACAACUGGCUGGCCUUCUGGCCCAACAGCUUUGGCUCGAGGACCCUUCCGCAGUCACCCUCUCGGCCGGAAGACAACAGUCGCUUAUGA